AUGUUUUCAAAACGGCAGCAGGGUGUGGAUUCUGUAAUGGUUUGGGGCGCUUUUUCUGGUACUAAGAAGUGCGAGUUCGCCGUUUUAAAUGGAAAGCAGGAUGCUGUUAAGUAUAUAGAUACAUUUGAGUCCUAUCUUUUGCCGGUUGUGGAUCAAGAAAUGUGUCCAAGUUGGGUGCUUAUGCAAGAUGCUGCAUCCAUACACCGUGCUAAACGUACUUUCCAGUGGUUUGACGAGGAAAUUCCUCUCUUAGAGUGCCCUGCCAAGUCACCUGAUCUGAAUCCCAUCGAGAAUUUAUGGAGAAUCCUAGCGCGAACGGUUUAUGCACACCAACGUCAAUUUAAGGACGUGGAUGAGCUUUUAGAAGUUAUAAUGGACGCGUGGGACGAAGUUUCAGAAGAAUGCCUGGAAAAGCUUGUCCGUUCCAUGCAAAAGCGGUGCUUUGAGUGUGUAAUGGCAAAGGGAGGUCCGACGAAGUACUAG